CCGGAAAACGAAACAAGAACAAGUCCCCGCUACCGCGGUCCAACCACCAACAGCAGCAGCAAGCAGCAGCAGCAGCAGCAGCAACAACAACAAGACGAACGAAACGACCCACUCGACCGUGUAGUUUUCGUUUGCGAAUACCAUGGCGGUACCGGCCCAGCUCAAAGCAGUCCAGCACCACCUGCGGACCGCCCAAGAACACGAGAAGCGCGACCCUGUGGUGGCUUACUACUGCCGCCUGUACGCCAUGCAGACGGGAAUGAAGCUGGACAGCAAAACUCCUGAGUGCCGCAAGUUCCUCGUCAAGCUCAUGGACCAGCUUGAGUCGAUGAAGAUGGAGUUGAGCGACAACGACUCCAUCACUCAGGAGGUGGUGGGCAACGCCCACAUUGAGAACUACGCCCUCAAGAUGUUCCUGUACGCCGACAACGAGGACCGAGCGGGACGAUUCCACAAGAACAUGAUCAAGUCCUUCUACACGGCCAGUCUGCUGCUGGACGUCCUCUCCGUCUUCGGAGAGUUGUCCGAUGAGAACAUCCAGCACAGGAAGUACGCCCGCUGGAAGGCCGCAUACAUCCACAACUGCCUGAAGAACGGCGAGACGCCCGAGGCCGGCCCCACCGGCAUGGAUUUGGACCAGGAAGCGGAUGGCGAUGAAGGUUUCUCGGGUCACGCCUUCUCGCAGGGCGGCUCCUUCCGAGUCUCCUCUGAGGACGCGGGCGGGGCCGCGGCGCCGGGCAUCGGCUUCACGGCGGGCUCCGAAUCGGGACCGUCGGGACCCCCCUCCAUCUUCGGCAAUGUCCACGUCCCCCCCGGCGCACACGCCCCCGCCAACACGCCAGCAGGUAGCCACGCCCACCUCAGCGAAGGGUCGGACGGUCGCUCACGCGUGUCGUGCGACUCGACAGACGCCGUCAAACCGGUGCCGACGGCCAGGACCACCGCGCACGCCGCCGACCUCCCGACGGGCCAGCAGCAAGGUGACGUCCGCCUCUCGGCCGAGGACUUCACCAAGGCCCAGAAGUACUGCAAGUACGCUGGCAGUGCCCUCCAGUACGAGGACGUGCCCACGGCUGUCCACAACCUCCAGAAGGCCCUCAAACUGCUCACCACUGGAAAAGAAUGACUCCUUUGUCUGUCCGUCUGGCUGCGUCUAUCUGCACCAUCUCAUCAGCUCUGCACGCACGCACACACACGCACAUGCACGCACGC